UUCCGUGUGCCGCGGCGCCAGAGCGGGAGGCGGCGGCCGCGGGAUCCCCCGAGCGGCCCCUGGGCAUCUACCCUCCGUCCCGGGACCUGGGCGGUCCCUGCUGGCCGCCGGGCCCGUCCUGACCAGACCCGUGCCGACCUCCCCGUCCUCGCGCAUCCGGGAGAGCCGCGCCACGAGACAGACCCCGGCCCGCCGGGACCCCUGGCGCCCGGCCCUGCAUCGGGAGGUCUGCGGGAAAUUAGCCCAGGCAAGGGCGUUGGGCCUACUUACUUUUGGUGGUUAGUGAGCGGCUGCAGCACAGCAGGAGCCAGGACUAGCAAGACCUGGGAGGCCCAGGCUUCACCAUGGCACCUUUCCUGCGCAUCUCCUUCAACUCCUACGAGCUGGGCUCCCUGCAGGCCGAGGACGAGGCAAGCCAGCCUUUCUGUGCGGUGAAGAUGAAGGAGGCGCUCAGCACAGAGCGAGGGAAGACACUUGUACAGAAGAAACCUACCAUGUACCCCGAGUGGAAGUCAACAUUUGAUGCCCACAUCUAUGAAGGCCGUGUCAUCCAGAUCGUGCUGAUGCGGGCAGCUGAAGACCCCAUGUCUGAGGUGACGGUGGGCGUGUCAGUGCUGGCUGAGCGCUGCAAGAAGAACAACGGCAAGGCUGAGUUCUGGCUGGACCUGCAGCCUGAGGCCAAGGUGCUGAUGUCUGUGCAGUAUUUCCUGGAAGAUGGGGAUUGCAAACAGUCUAUGCGUAGUGAGGAGGAGGCCAAGUUCCCAACCAUGAACCGCCGUGGAGCCAUUAAACAGGCCAAAAUCCACUACAUUAAGAACCACGAGUUCAUUGCCACCUUCUUUGGGCAGCCCACCUUCUGUUCUGUGUGCAAAGAGUUUGUCUGGGGCCUCAACAAGCAAGGCUACAAGUGCAGACAAUGCAAUGCUGCCAUCCACAAGAAAUGCAUUGACAAGAUCAUCGGCCGCUGCACAGGCACCGCUGCCAACAGCCGGGACACCAUCUUCCAGAAAGAACGCUUCAACAUUGACAUGCCACACCGCUUCAAGGUCUAUAACUACAUGAGCCCCACCUUCUGUGACCACUGUGGCAGCUUGCUCUGGGGACUGGUGAAACAGGGGUUAAAGUGUGAAGACUGUGGCAUGAAUGUGCACCACAAAUGCCGGGAGAAAGUGGCCAACCUGUGUGGUAUCAACCAGAAGCUCUUGGCUGAGGCCUUGACCCAAGUGAGCCAGAAAUGUAUGCGAAAGCUGGACUCGGGAUUGCCAGACAAUGUCGGGAUAUACCAGGGAUUCGAGAAGAAGACAGGCGUCUCUGGGGAUGACAUCCCAGACAACAACGGGACCUAUGGCAAGAUCUGGGAGGGUUGCACUCGGUGCACCAUUGAUAACUUCAUCUUCCACAAAGUGCUGGGCAAAGGCAGUUUCGGCAAGGUGCUGCUUGCCGAGCUGAAGGGCAAAAACCAAUACUUUGCGGUCAAGUACCUGAAGAAGGAUGUGGUGUUGAUCGACGAUGAUGUGGAGUGCACCAUGGUGGAGAAGCGGGUGCUGGCGCUCGCCUGGGAGAAUCCCUUUCUCACCCACCUCAUCUGUACCUUCCAGACCAAGGACCACCUGUUCUUCGUGAUGGAGUUCCUCAAUGGGGGUGACCUGAUGUACCACAUUCAGGACAAAGGCCGCUUCGAACUCUACCGGGCUACGUUUUAUGCAGCUGAGAUCAUCUGCGGACUGCAGUUUCUACACAGAAAAGGCAUCAUUUACAGGGACCUCAAGCUGGACAAUGUGAUGCUGGACCAGGAUGGACACAUCAAGAUCGCUGAUUUUGGGAUGUGCAAAGAAAAUAUAUUUGGGGAGAACCGGGCCAGCACGUUCUGUGGCACCCCUGACUACAUCGCCCCUGAGAUCCUGCAGGGCCUGAAGUACACAUUCUCCGUGGACUGGUGGUCCUUUGGGGUCCUCCUCUAUGAGAUGCUCAUUGGUCAGUCCCCUUUCCAUGGUGAUGAUGAGGAUGAACUUUUCGAAUCCAUCCGGGUGGACACACCACACUAUCCUCGUUGGAUCACCAAGGAAUCCAAGGACAUCAUGGAGAAGCUGUUCGAGAGAGAGCCUGUCAAGAGGCUGGGAGUGACAGGGAACAUCAGGAUUCACCCCUUUUUCAAGACUAUCAACUGGACGCUGCUGGAGAAACGGAAAGUGGAGCCGCCCUUUAAGCCCAAAGUGAAAUCCCCUGCAGACUACAGCAACUUUGACCAAGAGUUCCUGAGUGAGAAACCCCGCCUUUCCUACAGUGACAAGAACCUAAUCGACUCUAUGGACCAGGCAGCCUUCCGUGGCUUCUCCUUUGUGAAUCCUAAGUUUGAGCAACUCCUGGAAAACUGAGCUCCCAGACCUGCUGUAAAUGCCCCAGCAGAGCAGGCCAGUCUGUCCUGGUUUGCACUCGCACUGCCCACGGAGAACAGCGGGCACUGGGUGAUUUCUGCUGCUGCCACCUCAUCCGAGGGUUUGGCUCCUGUUGGCGGGGCUCACAGUACUUCCUCUGUGAACUAGUUUGUGAACUUGCUUUCCCUUUGCCAUCAGAGGGAAACUGUAAAUCCUGUGUUUCAUUACUUGAAUGUAGUUAUUGAAAUAUAUAUAUUAUAUGUGCACAUAUCUAUCAUAGGCUGUAUAUAUUGCUCAGUAUAGAAAGCAUGUAGGGACUGGUAUGUGUUGGCCUUUUUUAAAAAAACAUGCAUAUGUGUGAUAUACAUAUAUGUGUAUGUAUAUAUAUGUGACCAAAAGAAAAAAAAGCACAAGCUGUCAGAACCACAAGGUUCUUUUAUGUGUGUCUAAAUAAACACUGAGUGGUACCAA